AUGCCACAGUUAGAUACAUCAACCUGAUUUAUUACUAUUACUUCCAUAAUUAUAACACUAUUUAUUAUAUUUCAACUAAAAAUCUCAAAACACCUGUAUCCAUCAAGCCCGGAGCUCAAAUCUACGGCCGCACUAAAACAACCUAGUCCUUGAGAAAAAAAAUGAACGAAAAUCUAUUCACCUCUUUCACUACCCCAACAAUAA